CUCACUCUAGGGAAUGAACGGAGGCCCUACCAGAAGGGACCGUGCUGAAACUUGGGGGAAGCAGAAACAUUCCUGUAACCUGUCACCCUAGGAGGUGUCUGUGGAAGGCAGAAUGAUGUGGAAAUCACUGCUGAUGGUGGACCUAGGGGGAGUGGGGAGCCGGGCUCCCUGUGCGCUCCCGCUCCUUCUGUCUGCCCUCCGGAAUCGGUCCACUUCAGCUAUUGAUCAGCAGCAUGAGCUGGCCCGCGAGAGAUCGAAGACCGUUACCUCUUUCUAUAACCAGUCAGCCAUCGACAUAGCAGCCGAGAAGGCCUCCGUGAGGUUGACACCCACCACCAUGUUGUAUUCGGGGCGUUCUCAGGAUGGAAGCCACCUGCUGAAAAGUGCCCGUUACCUGCAUCAUGAGCUGCCCGUCCGCAUCGCGCAUCGCAUCAAAGGCUUUCGGAGACUCCCCUUCAUUAUCGGCUGCAACCCUACCAUCCUCCACGUGCACGAGCUGUACAUUCGAGCCUUCCAGAAACUGAGCGAAUUCCCCCCAAUCACAGACCAUGAGUCAGAGGCCCAGUAUUGCAAACUGGUCCGGCUGCUCCUCGAUGACCACAAAGACAUCGUGACGCUGCUGGCUGAGGGCUUGCGGGAAUGUCGCAAGCACAUACAGGAUGAGAAGCUGAUCCGCUCUUUCCUGGACAAGACGCUCACUUCACGCCUGGGUAUCCGGAUGCUGGCCACUCACCAUCUUGCUUUGCAUGAGGACAAGCCAGACUUUGUUGGGAUUAUAUGCACCCGCCUGUCCCCGAAGAAAAUAAUUGAGAAGUGGGUCGAUUUUGCCAGGCGACUGUGUGAGCACAAGUACGGGAACGCUCCGCGGGUGCGGAUCAAUGGGCACGUGGCUGCUCGCUUCCCUUUCAUCCCCAUGCCUCUUGACUAUAUCCUUCCAGAGCUGCUCAAGAAUGCCAUGCGAGCCACCAUGGAGUCUCACUUGGACACGCCCUACAACGUGCCAGACAUUGUCAUAACCAUUGCCAACAAUGACAUUGACUUGAUCAUAAGGAUUUCAGACCGAGGCGCAGGCAUCCCUCAUGACCACGUUGACAAGGUGACCGAUUACCACUUCACCACAGCGGAAGCGAGUGCUCAGGACCCACGCAUUAAUACUCUGUUCGGCAACAUGGUGGAAAUGGGAAACAGCGCCCAGUCGGGGCCCAUGCAUGGGUUUGGCUUUGGGCUGCCCACCUCCCGUGCCUACGCCGAAUACCUGGGUGGCUCUCUGACCCUCCAGUCCCUGCAGGGCAUCGGCACAGAUGUCUACCUUCGCCUCAAGCACAUUGAUGGCAAAGAGGAGAGCUUCCGCAUCUAGGAACCCCUCUCUUGAUGGGCUGAGCCCCUCUCAGCUGCUGGGCAAAGCUUUCAUCG